UGCCUAUUCGCAUUUCUCCGAACAAGUAUAUGUUUAAUUUCUAAAUCUUUAAAUUAAGAGGAUAACAUGAAGCCCUUAAAAAUGGCUCACCCUGAUGGUCAUACAGAAGUGUGUUAUGAUUCGUCUGGGAGGUAAGCGUCUUGAAAAAGGUAGAAGAGUAGUUAGACUAACUAAUGUCACUAUCACUAAUCAUCCUAAUGAAAAUAAUGAAAUGACUGAACUAAUUUGGGCAUGGCCAUGGGGGUGGGGGGCAUGGUCAUGGAGAAUUGAUGGCCAUGGAGAAUCAUAUUCCUAAAUUAACUAAAUACUACUAAAUACUAAAUAAAAACUGACAGUACUGAGCUCCCUUCUUAUUUCUAGUAUCGGUUCUGUCUCUGGCAACCGUCCAGUUUGGGUGCCCAUAUUCACACUAUUCACUCACAGCAUGUAAAAUCAUGGCAUGUAAUUAAUGAUUGACAACUAAACCCUUUAUUAAUUUAAGCCCUAGGUUAGACAGUAUCAGUAUGAGUACUAAAGUCAACACCACUGAUACUGAUAUUUGCAACCGUAACCAAGAAACGACAAAAACUAUUGAAUGAAUAUCAAUAUCAUCAUUCAUGAUGAACUUGUUAUUAGUUAUUGACAUUGUUUCAUUGGAAAGAUAAAUUCAUCAUUGUUCACCACAAAUACUGACCAAUAGCCAAUAGUUUGAAAUAGGCUGCCCAUCAACAUCCAGACCGCUUAUCUGAUCAUGGUCAUGAUUGUUAUUUAUCCACGUCCACAUCUCACACAUCUACAGUCUUCAGAGGGCCAGGACUGAUGUCAGCCUCAUGUUUCAUAAUUGUCUAUGGUCUGUGUGGCAUAUCAUGACUCCAGCAGUAAACAAUAUAUGUUUCAGUGACAGGCGGCUGCCACUGAAGAAAGAACCGUGGCGUGUCUUAUAAACUAUAGCCGAGACUCUCUUCUGAAAUCACAGUCGUCUCUUACCGUGUGCGCUUCCGUGUGCGUUUAGAUGACAAGGCUGUUGACAUACUCUACCAUGGGUUAAUACUGCAGUGCUUCUAAUGCCUAAUAUUACUAAUAAGUUAAAAUGUAUCAUUCAUUCUAUCUAUAAAAAUUGUAAUAAUAUGUUAUAACAACAAUACUAUAACUACUAGAAGUAAGCUAAUUAAAGAAAUUAGUAAGAUAAGUAGGCAGAGGCCUAUACUUUAUUAAAGACUUUCUCUUGCAUUUCCAUUUUGUGUGUGGAUGGAGCAUUAUUUUUAUUUACACAUAUGACAUUUUAAGAUUUCUCAUACAGUGUUUAUCUGGUGAAUGGCUGGAAAACUGGGUGGCAGAGGCAGGUUACACUGUCGCUCACAUUAUCAUGGUUGGCUGUGUCUUCUUCAUUGUUGAAUGAAUGGGUUGGUGGGUGAGCUCAGGUCUACUUCUUUUGGUUUUAUGCCUAAGUAAAGAGUUAAGUCACUUCAACUGGGAUUUUGUAAGCAUUCAUUGUUUAAAAAAGUUAAUAACUCUACCUUUGUAGAUAAUUGAAAGCGUACAAUUUUGAUACCAAAAAGUAGCAAAUAACAAAUAUUUAAAGAAUAAAAAGACUUGCUAUCAAAGAGGAGGUUAAAUGCACUAAAAAGAAAAAAUAAUUUAACAUUUCCUAAAAUGAAUUACGCAAAGAAAGACUGUGCAAAAGUGUAGAUUAGCAUUCUUGUAGCCAGGGAUUCGAAUUGAAUGUAGACGAAGCGUAAAUAUGUUGUAAUAAAUUUUAAAAAAUAUUUUCUACACGUUCUUUCUUUCCAUAAUGCUUUUUAAGAAAUUUUUAAUUAACUUCUACAUUUUAGUGCGUUUAAACUCCUCUGUGAUACUGAUAGAAAGUCUUUUUUUUAAAGUUUUUAAAAUAGUUUUUAGUAACUUCAAUUGUAAUGUAAGUAUCACUGGAAGGAUGAAAACUAGUAUAACUUGUUAAUUUUCAAGCCACAUUAGUAGUGCGAUUCGCUUUAAGUGUAACUGAGUAGGCCUACUAAACUAAGUGUCGUGUCUUUAACAAAGCGAAUAAGUAAAAUUUUAUUAUAUAAUAUGUAACUAAGAACUUAAGCAUAUGCACUUGCAUUAGAUGGUGGAAGAAAGUGAUUUGUGGGGGGUGGCAUAAUUUUGGGUCCACUUCAAUAUUCACCUCUCUUUUUGUCUUUUAUAGUAAAUUAUAGCCUUGGUGGCCAGUGGGCAGGCAAAAUUUUUUCCAAACAAGCAAUAGUUGUGGCAAAUGAAAUGUAAAAUUCGCCUCACAAUAUAUAAAUAAUAUAAUAAUAGGCCUAGGUUAAAUAAAAAAAUGAAACGAAUAAAUAAGCUGUCAACUGUAGUUAAAUCAUAGAGUAUCAAAGGCCUAUUUAACCACAAUUUAAUAUGAAAUUUGACUUUCCAUUUCUUUUAAAAAACUUCAAAAAUUUUGUUUCAAUAAGUGUACUCAAUUCAUAUCUACAGUUUGGCAGGCAGUUCAUUAUUUAUAAAUUAGCAGUCAAUAGAUCGGUUUUUAAACUACCAUAUUACAUAAGUAUGCACCUUUAUUCAACUGCUUAAUGGAUACUAGAUGCUUAAUAUUAAAUACAACGAUAGUGAAUGAAAUUUCAAUAAUAGUUGAUAUUGCAAAAUACUUUUUAAUCAUGCAUACUAUUUACUAAAAAUAUUUUGUCAGGGCAAAAUUAAAUUUAGAGGUCUAUUCACUAUUCGCUGCAUGUUGGUUGGGGAUAGCGUUGCCCAAGCUGUGACUAUAGUAAAACAUAAAACAUGUCACUCUAUAACAAAAAAAUUUUGCAGAUUUUUUUUAUUAUAUGCACCACCACCCUCUCUCUAAAAAAUCUUUUCAACAUUAAAAAUUAUUGCAAUUUACUUUUUUUCCUUUUCAUUUUAGUAUGUAGUUAAUGUUGCUCUGCAAACUAAUUACCAUUCAUUACCUGAUACCAUUUUAAUUUUUUUAUCACAAAUUUGCUGCGGGAUUUGUCAUUUCCCAAACUUCUACAAGUUUCAAAAUUGCAGAAGGGACCAGUGCUAGAUUUAUUAAUUAUAUUUUCUUUUUAUUUGAUCAUUAAUAUUCAUGUCAUUUGGACCGGCUGUUCUAAUUCUUCUAAUUCACAAAAAUUAAUUAUUGGCAAACAAAUUUUUGUUGAUUUCAGAGUGUAAAUUUAAUUGUGCUUUCUUUUCUUAUCUAAAAUCAAUUUGCCCAUGUAGUUCUGUAGAGAAAUUCACCCUGUUCACUACUCUGAUGUCUUGCUUGUAACCUUAUCAUGUACAAAGACUCUUAAUACUACUGCAUCUAUGUCAGAAAAAUUUGCUUUGAAAAGAGCUUCCCCAAACUGUGUGCCGCCAUACUCUGGGGGAGCUACAGCUUCCUCUUCCUACUUGUUACUUAAUCAAAUCUUUAAUCAAAUUAAGCUUUAUUAACAUUAGCUAAGUAUGAAGUACUAUGGAUGAUGGACCAUUGUAAAUCCUGAAAGAUUUGGAAAUAAGUUUCUAUCAUAAAAUUUUUAGCAUGAUUGUUUUCAGAGAGGCCAAUUUAUUUUUGUUUCAAUUAGCCUUUCAAAAUUUUAAUAAUCAAGUUAGCGAUUAAUGCAUUCAUCAAAAAUAAUUUAAACAUAUAGUUGGCCUUAUUAUUAAUUUCAUGUUCAUUUUGUUUGGUGGUUAAUUAAUUAAUUUUAUUGGAUAGAAUACAUAUUGUUAAUAUUGGCUACAAUCUAAUGUUUUGAAAAUAAUUUUUCCAGUUUUAUCCUUACAAGUGGGAGUGAUGGUAAAAUUUGCAUUUGGGAAGGAAGAGAUGACACUGAUACAACAACUGUAAACAUAGGCGACAGAAUUUUUGCCCUAGCCUUUCAGGUAAAAUACGUUUAAAAUGUAUUUUACUGUAAUUAUAAUUGCUUAUCAAAACAAGUUGUUAUAUCCAAAAAAGCAUUUAAAAAUUAUAUUACAUUUUAUGUUAUAUAUAUAUGUUUUAUGUUAUAUAUAUGUUAUAACUUCUCUUUUUUUUUUAAAAUGAUGUAAAGAAAAAAUGUUUAAAUUUUAAAAAAUAAAAAUGAAACAAUUAUUUUUAAUGUGUUUCCGUAUCUCGUGAUUGUGUAUUGGUAUAUUGUUAAAUUAUAAUAAUAAACAUGCCAUUAAAUGUUAUUGCACUAUUGGUGACAGUGAAAUAAAAGUAGUGCAGUUUAUCAGUAAAAUUAAUUAAUUUGACACUUGGCAGGUAUAAUGCUCAAAAUAACAACAUAUUCCAGUUAGAUAUGGAAUAAUGGAAGUUUACUCAAUCUAUUUAUGACAUGAAAAAACAAUCAUUAAUUCCUUUCUCUAUAUUUGUUAAAAAAUUUGUUUUGUUAUACUCAUUAUAAUAGCAACUAAUUUCAGUGAAACCAAGCCACAGCUCAAUACAUUUUUACAAACAUAAGCUGCUAACCAUCUUGUCAGGAAAAACUUAAUUGACCAGAUGAUAUUAUAUUUAUAUGUUCUGCAAUAAAGGGCUUGAUCCAACAAACUCUAUUAAUCUUUUGUAUUUUUUGGAAAUUCAAAUUGACAAAUAUAUGAUUUCCUAAUGUUGACUGGCUGCUUACAGACUGUUUAUUUGUGUUAGUGUCUCAUACAUUUUUAUUUAAUUAAUUUUAGUCCAAUUUUGUGUUAAAUUAAACAUUUUAAGGUGACUGUCAAGUAUCGUCCAGUAUCCCUCGCCAGUGUCGUAUGCAAACUGUUGCAUGUAAUCGUAAGCACAGUCAUGAAGCAUCUUGAAAGUCACAAUAUAGUCAAUGACUGUCAGCAUGGCUUACGAGUCAAUAGAACAUGUGAGACCCAGCUCCUCGAAUUUGUAGAAGACUUGACGACCAAUCUAGAGAACAGCAAGCAAACUUACUUGCUGGUGAUGGACUUCUCAAAGGCAUUUGACUGUAAAUCAUAGUUUGCAAUUACACAAACUAAAGUUGAAGAGAUAUGGAUUCAAGGCGCUACAAAAUCAUGGAUCUGUAGCUUCCUCACCCACCGAUGUCAGACACAAGCUCCUUCUUUGUCGGUAUUAAAUCAAGGGUCUCCCAGGGCUCGAUGUGGUUUGUUCCUAGCAUACAUCAAUGACCUGUCUGAGAAAUUGACCUCACAAGCAAGAAUUUCGCAGAUGACACAGUGGUGUAUAUGAUAAUCGCCAACAGUUCUGACCAGAACCAGCGACAACAGGACCUUCAUCGAAUAGCUGAAUAGACGAGCAGCACGCUUCGUCCUGAAGAGCUUCAGGAAUACCUCAUGUGUUGGUAGCAUGCUGGAAACACUGGGGUGGUAACCACUGGAAUAACGACGAUGAUUAUCCAGGUUCUCCAUGAUGCUCAAGAUGAAAAAUGGGUUGGUCCACUCCUCCAGCAUUAAAAAGAACUCAUCCCUCUCCCACCUGGACUGCGACAAGGCCAUGACAGGCAGCUCCGGCUCAUAACAGCAAGUACAUAGUACUCAUUCCUUUCAAUUACAAUAAGGGACUGGAUCAAGCUUCUGAAAGGAACAGUUUAGGUGACAACACUUGACACAUUUGUGUCUAUUGCCUCCUGCCUUCCAAGUUCCUCCCAGUUCCUCCCCUCGCUGAGUGGUCCUUGCAGCCAGUGACAUAUGCUCUUCAACACCAGAAACAUCGCGAAACCACUUUACAUAUAUAGCAGCCAGAAUAAUCAAUACGUUGAUUGUGGGCCCUCAAGAUAUAGAAGAAGAAGAAAUAUGCAGCUUUAUUUUAGUUUGACUCAUGGUUUUUGUCUCACAUUUUGUAAAACAAAUUCUGGCUCUUAAGAAAAAGUGGCUCCUGAAUAUCCAUAUGUUUAGUUUUGCCUACUCCUGACAUUUAAUUAAAAAUAAUUAAAAAUAAACUGCUCCCCAGAAUUAGAUUUAAUAUAGUCUCCAUGGCGCUCAACUUGAUAUACCUGGAUAAACUACACUUCCCAAGCAUAGACAUUGUUAUUUUCUUUUUUAUCAUUUACAAUAUAAAAUACAUGUCCAACAGGGAGGUCGAUUCUUUGCUGCUACAGAUGAAAAUACAAUCCGCAUCCACACGUUUCCAGAUGGGGUUGGGGAUGGGAUGGUCACUAGAUUCACAGCACCCUGUCGACAUUUUUGUCUAUGUGACGAUGGUUCCAUUUUGAUUGCUGGAGCUGAGUAAGUCAAAGAUUGUUUGUUGUUUUAUAUCUGGGGUGUCCAACGAGAGACUUAAGUUAUGCAGUGAAUGGGGCUAUAAUAAAUCUAAUGUCACUAUUCUUGUACAAAAUUUUUAAAAAAUUUAUGGUUUUAAAUUUAUGAAGCGUCUUUUGAUUUUUUUUUUGUGUGCAAAAAAUAGAGCCAAUCUUCCUUUUUUUAAUCUGAAAAAAAUAUUUGAUGGCUUUAAUUCUUUAACGUUUUAAUUACUGUGGCCAAUUAUGAUUAUAUUGUAUUUCAGUGACUUCAAGAUUAAGGUUAUAUCUAUGGAGGAGAGCGAGUGCAUUUGUCUUUAUUCUGAACAUCAAGCGCCUAUCCUCAGUGUGUCUGUAGAUCCCACUAAAGAAUUUAUUGUGAGAAUUUUUUUUCAAUCCAAUCCUUUGGUUAUCGUCUACAUAUUUUCAAUAUAGCCUUUUAUUUUUAUAGUAGAAUGUAAUGUAGCAGUAAUAUAUUUAUUUGUUAAAAACAAAAUAUUUUAAAUUUUAUGAUUAAAUUGAACAAAAAAUUAGCUUAUUGAUAAGAAAUGUUUAAAAUGUAUAUAUAUUUUAAUAGGCUUCCUCCAGUUGUGAUGGAACAGUAAAAAUCUGGAACAUAAUUGAUGGAGCGACAGAAAAAUCUCUAAAUAUACUUACAAAAUGCAGUGAUUCGAGGUGACUCCAUAAAAUGUCAUAUUUUUUCUAUUUCUUUAAAAAUAGUCCAACAAAUGAUAUUUAAUGUAUUUUGUGUGUUUGCAUAAUUGUUUAAUGUGUAAAAUUUGUUUUAAAAUGUUAUUUUCCUCUAAAACCCUAAACAUUAAGUUGUGUUGAGGUUCAUCAGAAGAAUUUUUGAUUGCGUAUCAUAGCAGUGGAUGUUAAAUUCUUAAAUGAUAGCUUUCUACAGCCCACAUUUAAAAAAAACAACAUUAGAAUGACUGUUUGCACUUAAAAUUUAAUUAUAGAAAAAUUGCUACCUUGAUUUUAAAAAAAAAAAAAUUUUUUUUUGUAGCCAAGCCAAGUCGCUUUGUCGAAUGUGUUGGUCUACAGAUGGAGAGGUAAGAAAAUUUAUCAUUUCUACAAAAAAAAUACAACUCUUCUAGAUUAACUGUGACUUCUGCAAAAUUCUCCAAUUGUGUGUCCGAAUGUGAUAUUCUGAUUGUAGAGUUUUUAUGCAUUUAAGUAUAACAAAUUCAUUUUCACUACUAGAAGACAAUGUCCAUAUAUAUAAAGUGAAUAAACAAGUGUCCCACUUGUGGUAGCUAAAUCUCUGUCCUAAUAUUGCUCCCAUUUUCAACAUCUUAAUGGAGAUGACAACACAGCCAAAGGUUUUAUUAUGUGAUUAAUUGUAUCUCAAAAGAGAAUAGUUAUCUUAAAAAGACAUUCUUUUUAUUUUUAAACUGAAAUUGCUGAGAAACCCAGGGCGAGUAAACAAUCUCAAAAUGUGGUGGUCAAGGUUAAAGAAAAAUCUCAACAACCUGGGAGUCUUAAAAGAAAUAAAUAGCUGAAAAUUUUCAAUGGAAAGGAAACAGUUGAUAAAUAAUUAUAGGUUAUACAUCUUGAAAUAUUUGAUAUAUUUUUUUUCAUGUUUGUUGUAUUUCAGUAGGUAUUGUUUGACAAUUUUACUAUUUACUGCUUGGAUUGUUUUCUUAUUAUUUAAAAACUCUUGCGCAGCAAUAGCUUAAAAAAAUUUUGGGGAGAGUUUUCUUUGUAAAAAAAAAAGGGGGGGGGUUGUUUGUAUUAUCUUGAUAAUAACAGCGACUGUAAGCACACAGAAUCAGCAAAACAAAAAAUACAAUUACUUAACAAGUUAUUUCAACAAAGUUUAAAGUAUUUGUCCGUUUUGAAUACUGUGUAUACUAUUAUGAAAUGAUAGUGUGCUAUUUUGUACUAUUUUGGAAAUACCAUUGUAACCAGGUCUGAAACUAACAUAAUUUUUUUUUUUUAAGUUCCUUUUGAUCCCUGUCAGCAAUGAAGUCCACAUCUAUUUACGAUCAUCUUGGGAGGUUGUGAGAAAACUAAGCCAUUCAGAUAUUACAGAUGUGAGUAAAUACCAAAGUAAAAGCGCAAAAAAUAGUAACAGAUUGUUUAAUAAACUUGAAUGGCUGUGUAAUAUAAUUUUGUUAGGCAAUAACUAAGAUCAAUCAUUAAUCUUAAAUUUAUAUUUCUUUAGUAAUCCUUUUUCAAUUUUAUUUUACAGACCAUUUAAAUUAAUGUGAGCGUUAUGUUGAUAGCUGAUGCUAAUAACUAAGCUCAGUCAUCUUUGAUUUCCAAGUAUUAACAUUAUUUUAGGUCAUUAAUGUGAUGGUUAUGUGUUCUGAUGGCAAGCACAUUGCUGUGGGCUGCACUAAUGGAGACAUUGGAAUAUUUGAAUGGCAAAAUAAUAAAUUGAUUGCAAAGUAAGUUGUGUUUUUGUAAGUUAUCUAGGAAAAGAAACUGAAAUAUUCAUAAAUCUAUUUCAAAAUUUUUACUGUACUAAAUUAAAAAAAAAAUUACAACUUUAAUUAAUUGGGUUCUGAAGUCCUUAGAUUAAAAAUAAGUUCACUUUUACAUUUUUCUAUAUUAAGCUUUAUGUAAUAUGAAUGUAGAACAGUAUUGCCUAGUAAUUCAAUUUACUUUUAGACUUUAUUGUGUCUGCUGUUGAUGUGCCAUUUGUGUAACCCUCAUACCAGGUCACGCAAAUUGCCAUUAACUUUUUAAAAAAUUGAUAUUUAGUAAUUAUACAAAUACCUCUAUCUUUUGUCAGGCAAAAAAAAAUUAUGUUUACUAUGCAUAUUCAAGAUUCUGAGAAGCAUUAGAAUAUUUUAAUUUACCAAUUAAAUUGAAUUUUCAAAGAUGUCAUCUGCAUGCAACAAAUUAAUUUGUAUAUUUUAAUAAUAAUAUACCUGACUUUUGUUAAUCAAAAUUUGAUACAAUUUCACUCUUCAUUUUAUUUUAUUAGAUCUAAUUUUUUUUUUAUCUUUCUUUUAUAGACAUAGUCAUCCUAAACAUUUAUUGAUAACAUCCAUGGCCUGGAAUCCAAUUAAAGGUGGAGAACUUGCAUUAUGUGACAACAGUGUAAGUGACUUAAAGCAAGAAUUGUCUUCUUAUAAAAUGUUAAUUUUCAUUUAAAAAUCAUUUUUUAACACAUCUGUUUUGUUUUUUUUGUUUUUUCAAAUAUAAUACUUAGAUACUUAGACAUAAUAAAUUGUUUUUUCUUCUGCGUUUAAUGCUUCUAUUGUUUUUUUUUGACAGGGUCAACUUGGAUUUCUUGAUGUUAUUAUUGGUGACAAAAGAGUAACAACAAUUUAUUCAUCUCAUAUUUAAGAAAAUAUUUGUACUUUCAUCCAAAAUGUGCUAAAUUUAAGGUUUUAUAAAAAUUAUUUAUUAUAAUGAAUGUUAUGUAAAUUUAAUUUUAUGAGUGGUUUGUUAUAAAAUACAGAAUUCUAAGUGAGAUCAAAAAGUUUCUUAACCAACAUAAUAAAAUAUGUCAGUUUUUAUUGAUAAAAAAUGGAGCACCUUGCAAAGUAGUUCUAUAAUUACUAGAAUAUAUGUCCCGGUGUUACUGGUAUAAUAAUGGAAGGAAUAUGCACUACAUUCCACCUGUCUUGCGAAGUCUCAUCAUCUAAAUAUUCAAUUUUUACGUAUGUAACUGAAUCAAGUUUUGAUGUAUUGUACAUCAUAUAUGACAGUUUUCAAAGCCCUUGUAUUGUAUAUUUAGGAAAUAGUAAACUAGCCUUUCAUUAUAUAAAAUAUAUGUAUAGAUAUUUAUGUUCCUCACCUCAUUGAGUUUUGGGAAUUGUUUUCUUCUAAAUAAUAUAGGCUAACCCAACCCUUUUUCACAUGAUCUAGAAAGAAAAGAAUUUCUAUAAAUUGUAAAAAUUUGUCCUAAUUUAUAAAAAAUAUAUAUGUACUAUUUUAAGUAUAUGUAGCAUUAACAGAUUUUGAUAUAUUGAUAUCUUCAUUAACAAUUUACCCAACCUCUGCCUCGCUCCUGAACUGUAUUAUCGGAAAAUACGUUAAAACAGAAUGCUCAUUGAUCAAAAAGAACAUCUUAUCAAUUUUCACUUUUAACAGCCUUUGGUAAUUUAAUUUUUAAAAUUAAAAUCCUUACCAAAAUUCAAUCUGCAACAUAAUUGGGGUUUGGAGAGACUGAUACAAAAAUGUUUUAAAUACCAAGCUAAAAUUUUGUGAUGCAUGUUAAAAAAAAUAGUUUCCUAAUUUAAAAAGCAAACAAACAUAUUUAUUUGAAAAAGAGGAACAUAAAACAUCAGUUUUUUCAGGUGGUUAAAAUCAAGAAAAGUUAAUUCUGUCGAUUUGAACCAUUCACAUGUAUUUAGAUUUAAUUAUUAGACCUUAAUUUAGACAAGAUCAUCUUAAUUGAAUGUAAUAGUUUUAUACAAAACACAAUCUCACAUUGAGAUUUAUACUUAAACUACUAUAAUUUUAAAUUAUUAUGGUUUUAAUAUACAACAGUAUUACACUGAUGAUAGUGUUGUGUCUAUCUUCCUUUAUUAGGCACUUGGAGAAAACCUGAAAAUCUGUUAUUUGCAUAAAAGCAAAUAUAUUUUAUCAGAUUAAAUUUGAAUCACUAUCACUGUUUUAAGAAUCUGCACAUAUUUAAAUUGAUUCAUUUUAUUGUAAAGUAAUACAAAAUCACUAUCAUUAUUUUUUAUGAAUCCAACAGUUCACAUCUACAUUAGCCUGUAUCAGCUAGCCUUGCGCAAAUACAUUAGCUCUUUCUUAUAGUUAUUGUUAACUAUUCCUUUUCUGGCCUCAAAUAUAUGUCCUUUAAGUUUCAAACAUUUAACAGACCUGUUUACCCCCAAACUCUUAAAAUCGUACAAUGUCACCUCAAAAUUGUUCAAUACAUUAUCUUAAUAGUAAAAAAACCACACAGUGUAUAUAAUGCAUACACCUCAAAAUCGUACAUUGUACGCCAAAAUCGUAAGAGUAAACAGGUCUGAUUUAAUAAAAUAGGAAAACAUUGCCAAAUUGACCUUACAUCACACCUAACUUUCUUUGAGGCCCGUAGAAUGAUGCCAUAUUUCUCAAGAUUUUCAAAAUGUCUGCAUUGUAGAAAAAAAAAAAAUUAUAUUUGAGUGUCGUUUGUGAUAAGGCUAGGUCAGAGGAAGUGGGAUUCUUAAAUAUUUUUGCAGCUUUUUUUUUCUUAUUUUUUUAGACACAAAUUAAGACCAUAUCACUGCUUAUUAUUUCCCUUGUAGCUUGAGGCUCAUGUAAUUGUAGGUGCCUGUAUGUAUUUCAUUUUAAAGCAAAGUUUAAUUUAGGCUUUUUAAAAUUUUUUUCUAAAGGAAAAUAAUAUGUCUGUAACAACAAAAAAUGGUGGCUCAGUUUUUGAUGAUAUGGAUGAUGACAUGCUGGUUACUACAACUGGCCGCUCACCUACUAAAGAUAAUAAUGGAGAUGACAUUGACAAGUUCUUUGAGGAUGAUGAAAACAGUAUAGAUAUUGGAAGCAUUAAAAGAAGUUUAAACCUUGACAAUGAUGAUACAAGUAAUUACAUUGCUUUUCUAUAAAACAUGCAUUAACCUACUCUCUAAUAUAAAAACAUGGCCUACUCAAUUUCUCAGAAAACACCCAAUAGCUUAAAAACUAAUUGCUAGCUUAGCUUGGUUUGAAAUCAAUGGACAUGUGAGGAGAGUUAUAAACAAAAAAACACUAUAGUACUAAUUAUUUUGUUAUUAAGUGAGUAGUUAAAUUAUUUCCCUAUAUAUAUAUAUAUAUAUAUAGUUCUUUAUAUAUUUAUUUAUAUGUCACAUUCAAUAUAAUAAAUAAUAGAUUAUAAUUUUAAAAAAGCACUCAAUUUAUAAUUUAAUUUGGACCAGAGGGCAGAUUCAGAUAUGCAACUCAUUGUUGCUAAUUUCUCCAAUGCCUGCACUAACUUUGGUCUCACAAUUAAAACAAAGAAAGACUUAGGUCCUAUACCAGCCAGCUCCUCAUAAAACACAUGUUGAGCCCAGCGUGAGAGUAUAUGACGAAAAGCUGAAAGUGUUUUGACAAUCCUAACUUCAAAAUUACACUUGUCAAGAUCAUUAUUUGUUUUAUUUUAUUAAAAUUUCCAAUCACAAAAGUUCUGAAAUAGAAAUAUUACUUACCAUAAUGAGUAUGUGAAAUUUGCAUUAAUCUACCAGCAGAUUCUAUAGGUCCAAGUAAAGAUGGGGAGGAAAGCAAAACUGUGACAGCUCCAGCACCUGUGAUUGCACUUCCUGCCAAUAUUUUCAAGCCCACCCCUCCACAGCCUCCAUUUCAACCUGGUUCCACCCCUGAACAUCUCUCAUCCAGGUUUAUGGUAUGAACUGUUAAAUCACUGAAGUAGGAUAUAGAUGCUAAGAUUUUUUCACUUUUUAAUUUAAGUCAAUUAAAAAAAAAAUUAUAAAAAACAACUAUGAGCUGUCUUACUAUACAACAUUACAAAAUGCAAAGAAAAUACAGGCAGUUUAUCAUUUAAGUAAUUAUUUUUGUUCCUAUAGGUCAUUUGUUAUUUAUUUUUAUCAUAUGUGUCAAGCCACAUAUUUAUUGACUGUAAUUUUACAUAUGAAAAGCAUUGCAUUUCAUUUCCAAUAUGUAUAUUCAUUAUAUGCUAAGUUUAUUACAAUAAAACAAAAUUAUAUAGUCUGCACAUAAAUACAUUAUUAUAUGAACUCAUUUUUCAUAUUUUCAUCAGUGUCUGUAAUUUUCCAAUACUUAAAGCAAAUGAAAUUUUAGUAAAUUGAACCUUCAUAAAUCAAGAACUGUCCUUAAAAAAAAAACUGAUUUCAGGUGUGGAAUUCUGUUGGCACUGUACGUCAGUAUGUAUCUGAAGAUGAAAAUUCUAUCGACAUUGAGUUUCAUGACACAUCUACACAUCAUGCCCUCCACAUUGACAAUAAAUCAGAUUAUAUAAUGGCUGCUUUGUCAAAACAAGCUGUGCUGCUGGCAUCCAGAGAAGAUGACGACAAUCCAAGGUUUUUCUUUUAGUAAUAAGUUCUGGCAUGUGCAGUCAUUCACCUGACUCAAUAAGUUAAAAUUAUGUUUUUUCUCAAUAGUGAUAACCAUGUUUUGGAUGCAUAAUUUUUUUAUCUACUCAUCAUAAAAAAAUAUUCUUUUCCUAUAGCAAAUUACUCUGUAUGCAUUUUGGCUCAUGGGACAGUCAAAAGGAAUGGUCGUAUACAAUGCCAGAAGGGGAAGACAUAAGGGUUGGUAAAAAUUCUCUUUUCAAUUUACAUUUUUAUAAAACAUUUUUUAAAUAAGUCUUCAAAAUAAAAAGCAGCUUAACAUGUGUGAUUUUUUUUUUUUUUGCUGAUUCUUUUCUUCAAUUGUAUAGGCUAUCACAUUAACAGAAACGUGGGUGGCUGUGGCAACAGAAUCACGAAAUAUCAGGAUUUUCUCAAUUGGGGGACUGCAGCGCCAGAUAUUUUCACUGCCUGGAUGUGUGGUAGCACUUGCAGCACAUGGAAACCAACUUCUUGCCCUAUACCACAAGGGCAUGGGACUGCCUGGGGACCAGCAUAUGGGCGUCUUUGUCAUGCAGGUGCAGGGGAGCUCAAAGAAGGUGCUUGUUAAUGGGGACAGUCUUCCAUUAACUCCAGGGUCUAAACUGUCAUGGAUUGGGUAUGACUUUUUUGUCUGUUUUCAAACGCUUCAAUAUUACAAUUCAAGUGCAUUAAAUUUGAUUUCAAUUAACGUUUUUUUUUUGUUUUUUUUUAAUUUUCUGUGGUUAAACUGGGGUUGCUCUCUGUAAAUUUUGAGAACGAAUGUUUUUAUUAAUGUAGGCAUAUUUCACACUUAGUAGCAAUGUGGUUAUAGAUGAUAAGUUAUAUUGUAAUGCAUACAUUUAGUUUAUGCACUGACAACUGUAUGAUUUUACAGUUAUUUUGUUAUGUAGAAAUUUUAAACAGUAUUUAUUUGAACAGCUUCUCCGAGGAAGGAGGUAUCUUUAGCAUGGAUCUUGAUGGCAUUGUCAGAAUGUUGAAUCCUUACUUUGGGUCAACAUGGUGUCCUGUGGCCAAUACCAAGAAACAUGUAAUUGAAUAUACAUUUAUAAACUACUGUCUAAAUAAUUGUGGUGUUGUUAACAUAGUCAACAACAUUUUACUUUUAAAACACAGAGAUUGCUGAUGACAAUGAUUGUUGAAUUAGUUAACAUUAAAUCACUUAAUCUUUAUAAGCUCAUUUUGCAUCACCAACAAAAAUAGAUUUAAAAAUAUGUAUUAAUAAAUUCAUUUCAAACUUAUCCUUUGAAGGUGAAAGGUAAAUCUGACCAUUACUGGAUGGUUGGUGUCAGUGAAAGAUUGCAACAAAUCAGGUAUGAUUAUUGCUUACAAUUUUCAUAUUUGUUCUGAAACAGUUAAAAAAUAGUUUAAAAAUUCAAUAAAGGAAAUGUUCAUCUCAUUUUUCCAUCUGUUUAGGUGUAUCCCUUGCAAAGGUUCAAGAUACCCUGCCACUCUGCCUAGACCUGCACUUGUUGUGCUUCCAUUCCUAGUACCUUUAUGUGAUCCUGACUCUGAGAAAAGUCAAUAUGAAGUAACUUUAAUUAGUCAAUUUCAAAGUUGAAUUAUUAAAUCAUGGUAGAAAUAUCUGAAAGUGAUGGAAUAAAAAAUACUUUUGAAACAAAAUAUGCUAAAUAUUUAAUUUAGUUUUAAAAUGUCUUAGAAAUUUCCGUCUGGCAAGCUUUCAAAAAGUUUAUACCUAUGCCUUAGCGUUACAGCUUGUUAAUAAUCGGCCUAUAAUCUAUAUGAACAGGAAUCCUACCAACGCAGCUUCAUAUUAACUAAACAUUUAAUGGACUCUGGAAUCGAGGAUGAUGAAUUGGACAAACGUAUGAGAGAAAAUCUCAUUAAAUUAUUUGCUGUGAGUACAAUAUACCAUGCAAUAAGGUAAUCCUAACUGAAAUUAAAUAAACAUGGCAGUAUUUAUAGUAAGUUUGACCUGAUAGAACUUUUUAUUUGAAGACAUAUGACACAUAUUAUUAUUUUAUAGAAAUAUCUUGAUUAUAAAAAAUUUCUGCCAUUUUCAAAUUGAUGAAAAAAAUGGCAUUUUUAGGACCUAUAUUUCUAAAAUGAUUAGCAGAGAAGUACAGGAACUGGUGUAUUUGCUCCAACUUUUUUUCAAGCAGCUAGAGUCAUUCAUUCAAAAGUUGAAAAAAUAAGAAUGCUUUUUAGUUGUUUUUAUUUUGUGACCGAAAAAGUAUUUUUAUACCGUUGUUCCUGUUGUUUUGUUCGCUGAUGAAGGCUUUCUGCCGACGUGUUCGUUGUUUUGUUACGUUUCCUUUUUUCAGGUUUAACCCUACUCUGUUUUACUCAUUUUAUAUUAUGCCAUGACACUGGUAGUUGUGGUCAAAUAUGCAUCAGUGGUCUAGUGCUAUCGCUCUAGGACAGGAUAUAUUGGUGUUUUUGUAAACAUCGAGGCUUCAUGCCUACUCGAUGAUGAAGGAUGUAAAUUAAAAUCUCAUUGCUUAAACCAAUUUAUCUUUUAUAGAUUUAGAUAGGAUUAGACUUGCUUUUUCAAAAUAAAAUAAGCCUACAUAUAUAUAAUUUCUACACAACAAAAGAAAGAUAGGCAUCUGCUCUUUCUUAUGGUGGUAGAAUUAUUCAUAUGACUUAGUUAGAUGCGAACCCUCAAGUGCUUGAAACAUCAUGGGGUAAAUACAUUUUCAAAACACAAGUUAAAGACACAAAAUUAAACUAUUUCGCCAGAUAAAGACUUAAACUAUUUUCACAUAUAAAUUUUAUUCGUGUAACACCCUGCAAAAUGACCCUGAAAUGUAUUUUUUCUCUAGUUUGGACUACCUAAUGCAAUAAUUUAAGUUUAAUUUAACACACCAUCAAAUUUAUGAUUUAUUUAUUUUUUUCUUAAUUAAUGUUUUGUGUUCCAUAAAAUUUCUAUUCAUAAAACCAUUGAAUUUAAUUUCAUUGAUCUUUUUCUUUGUGAUCCUUCAUUAGCAAACAAUUAUUUCCCACAGUUUGCAACCAAAUCUAAUAGAGAUUUUCGAGCCUUGGAAGUGUGUGACAUGAUGGAGGAUAUCAGCUUGCUCCACCUGGCAGCAACAUACGCUACACGUCUGAAACGAUUACAACUUGCUGAGCGUGUUAGUGAAGUUAUGCAAAGCAGGCAAGAUGAGAUAAAUCAAGGCACAAAUGGGCAAGUGGAAAGAGAGAUGGAAGAUGAAGACGAAGAAAAUAAGGACACAAGAAAGUACAGGUGUGCGGUCUAGCUUUGCAGCAUGUAGCUUGAAUUUGGCUGAAGAGUUUUCACAGAAUUUAGAAUUUUCUAAUUUGUCAUUCACAUAUGGUAUAAAGCCCAUUGAGCUAACAUUGGCUCCGAAAUUUCCUCGAAUUUGUAGAUACUAACUUAAUAUAUACAGAGUUUUUUUUUGUUUUUUUCUCUUAAACUUUUCAAUUUAGGUCUAUUCAAAAUGACAACAGCAAUGAUGAUGUAGAGGAGAAUGACGAACCUGAGGCUAAAGGAGAUGAAGAUUUCAAAACAUUCAGUUCUGGUAAGUUUAAAUCAAUUGUUUAAGUAAUAGAAUGUUAAUGUAUAUUUUACCAUCUGUCAGUUUCAUUUAAUUUUCAUGGCCCUGUAACAAAAAUAAUUUUAACUGCAAGAUGUAUUUCUAUCAGGUCCAUUGUUGAUAACAAAUGUUGAAAAGAAUAACAAAGUCAAAGAAAAGUCAAACACAAGAAGUAACCCAUUCAAGGUAACCAAAUAGAAAUUUGAACAUAUCUUUAAAUUGUAACAUUUUGUUUUAAAUGAUAGGAUUUUAUAAUAUGUAUAAUUUUUUUAAACUCUAUUUUCAUGACAGCGUUUUUCAUAAAUAAACAUUUAGGAUCACUAUUUUCAUGUAUUACUUACCAUAUAUCAGAAAUUUUGGGCAUGUGUUUUCAUUAAAAAUUUAGAGAAUUAAAUUUUUGGGUGUGUUAUGUUGGUUAUAAAUUUUAAGAAUUAAAAAAGCAAAUUAUUUUUAUAAAACAUUGCUUGAAUUUAAUUUUCAGAUAGCUCGUUUAGAUUCUAUAGAAAAAACUCCCAAAGGCACACAAGUUUUUGACAAAAUGGAAAAGUCGACUCCAAAAACACCUCAAAUAUUUGCACCAAUACCAGUUACUAUUAAGAAAUCUACUAAAAAGGUGACUUGAGAAAAAGUUAUGUUAUUUAUUUUUUUUUUAUCAAAACCCUGCAAAUUAGAUACAAAAUUAGAUUUGCUUGUAACUAAAAUAGUUUGUGCAGUGUUUGCAUUCUUUUAUUCCUUCUGCAUCAAGUGUUAAUUUCUUUUUUUUAAAACUGUGUGCACAAUUGCAAAUUUUGUCCAUACAUUUUUUUCUUUAAAGAUUUGAAAUGUAAUUAGGGAUGUUGUAAUCCCAGGGGAACUUUACCACAUUGUAAAUUCAGAGUACCUUGCCAUUAGUAUUGUAUGUGUGUAUUUUUUAUUUAUAUUUUUAAAUAUAUUUUACAGCCAACUGGUAAUCAGGCCAAGUUAACAGCUUUUAAAAAAGAUGAUAAGGCAUCCAAGGAUGGUAAAUCAAGUGUUAAACAAGAGCUUCUCUCACAAACAUCUGAAGACAAAUCAGAAAAUUCUAUUUCUAAUAAGUAAGAUUGUCUAUUGGUAUAAAUUAAUAGUUUUAGCCUAGACUUUAAUUGUUACCAAUUUAUAGCAUUGGUGUGUUUUGUCUUUUUUUUUAAUGGAUAACUGUUUAUUUUGAAUUUAGGACAACUUCGUUUUAAAGCAAGCCUUUUUGCAGUUAUUAUUAAAUUUGCUGAUAGUUAUGUUUUAGAUAUGUUUCUUUGGUCAAGUAAAGAGUAAAAGUAAAUAUCUUGUGUUUUAUUAUAAGGAAACACAAAUUCUAGUGAUUACUUUUUAUUUCAAUUAUAUUUCAACGAUUUCACAAUCAGCUGGCAGGAGAAAUAUUUUACAACUGCUAUCACUACUUGAUAUAAAUAUAUAUUAAUAAAUACAUUUAAAAACUAUAUAAAACACAUAUUAAUAAGUAUUUAAGGCAACAGCAGGAGUGAGAGAUUAUAGAGAAUGUGCAGAGGGGAAAAAAAUUCUAUGUUAAAUAAUUGAAGUUUAUUUUCACUAAAUGAAUGCGUAGAUGAUUUAAAUUUUUUGUUUUGUGAAAAAGAUUAUAUAAUUUUUUAAUUUAUCAAAAGUAAGCUAGAUUAUUUGGAUUUUUCCUAGACAGAAAAUUUACUUGCAUAACUUCAUGUUUGUAUACCAUAAAUGUGCUCACUGCCAUGUGUGCUAUUUCCAUUGUAUUAAAACUUUCUUUUAAUUUUCCUUUUGACAUACUUUUUAUUAUUUUCAGAAAGGUUAGUGCUUUCAGCCUGUGGUACGAUGAUGCCAAGUCUGACUUAAUGGAGGAACACCCUGACCUGUCAGAAGAAGAUUUGAGUCAAACAGCUACAGAAAGAUUUCGAACUUUAACAAAAGAGGAACGAGAGGUAACAAAGUCAGAAUAGAACCUUCUCAUUGCAUAAGUGUUUCUGUAAUUUAAAUUCACAUGUCCAGAGCAUGUUGACAAUUUUUAAAUUCUGCCCAUUCGAUAAUUACUUUGUCCUUCAUUAAGUCAGUGUUUGUAAACUUAAUUAUUAUCUUUCAGGCCUGGGUACAGAAAGCAAAGUCAGCCUCUGGUGACUCAGAUGGUUCCAAAAAGAGAAAGCUAUCACCAGAAGAAGAACAAGACAAAACAGAGGAUAGAAAGAAAUUAAAAACAGAAUUAAAACCACUCUCGCAAUCAACAAAUUCCAAACUUGCCAAAUUUUCUAAAUGUGAUUAACACUUAAUAUUUAUGCUGUAGAAGUUAACUAAACAAUUUAAAGUGUUAUAAUGUGCUGGCUUUAUCUUAAUAACCAACAGACACAUCUAGUAAAAUUUGAUAAAGAAAUUUAACACUGCUGCCAUAUGCAAGUUUUAAAAAGAAGUGUAAAAUUUAGAAAAAGCUAUAGAGGAAUAUACAAUUUAUUUAAUGGUAAUAUUGUACAGUUUGUACAAAAUAGUCUAUCUUAAUUUGUGUGCUCCUUUUUAAGUUUUAGAAAAUGAUAAUAAUGACAUGUUGCUAUUGAUGCAUAUAAAAUUUCAGCUUACUCAAAGGGGAAUUAAUCAAACUGACAGACAUGUCCAAUCAGCUGGAUGUUGAGAUUCUAUAGUUAAUUUAUUAACAUGUAUUUUGUGUCAGUUUGCACAAGUGAUAUUUUUAAUUGCAUGUAGUUCUCUUUCUGGGUCAUUCUUUUGUUCUUUAACUUUAAUUAAAAUAAAGGUUAAAAUGAUUACAUACAUUACUUUGUUGUAUAGUCAACACUACUGUGUUGUAAUAUCAAGACCACUGUGUUGUAAUUUCAGUAUACAAUGAUAGUUUUCUUUGAGAUGUUGAUUUCCCCUCGGUACACUUCAGUAUCUCGCUAAUUAAAUAAUAAUUAUGUCAUAAAUGUCAAGUUUUCAUUCACUUGUUAAACCUUU